AUGAGUCCUUCCAAAACAAUGGACACUUUUUAUAAAAAGAAAAGAAACGUCUUAACACUUAUUAAUGAUGAACAAGAUUUAUACAUAUAUAAAGACAUAUAUAAUAAUUGUGAGAAUGAUAUAUAUUCUUUAUAUUUAAAUAUUAUUAAUCAAUAUAAAAAUUGUUUGGAUGGGGAAAAGAAAUUAUUUCUCAACAAAUGUAUUAAGAAUGGGAAUGUAAAAUAUAUAGAAAAAGUGGUUAAGCAAAUUAUAGAAAAAAAAAAUGUAUAUAAUGAUAUAGAUGAUAAAUCAAUAAAAAAAAGUAUCGACUUAUUAAUAUAUCCUUGUGUAUAUGAAAUAAAUAAAAAUGAAUUUUAUUAUACAACUUCUUGUUGUUCUGGUAGAAUAGUUAUUUUUAAAGAAGUACAUAUAAAUAAUAAAAAUGAUAACCAAAAAAAAAUUUUUAAAAAUAGUACUACUUCUCAAGAAAAAAAAGAAGAAAAUAUAAGUCAUCAUUUAAGUAAUAUAAAUUUAUUAAAUGUCCAUGAAAAGGAUGAACUUUUUCUUUCUCAUUUUAAAAAAAAUUUUAUUUUACAAAAUAACGAAGAAAAAUAUACAUAUUGCUCUGAUCAUGAUAUAUCAUCUUUUUUUGAUGUUUCAAAGAAAAAAACAAACAAAUGGGAGGAUAUAUAUGAAGAAAAAAAUCUUAAAGAGAAUAUAUUAUAUAUUAAUAAGGAACAUAAAAAAAAAAAAGUACGGAAAAAAAAAAAAAUACAUAAAAAAAAUGUACAUAUAUUAUAUUCAUCACAUUCACAUCAACAUUUAAAAUAUGAUAUAAAAGUAAUAAAAGAUAUUUUAAAAAAAGAAUUGUUUCAAAAUUAUUUUGAUGUUAACCAAAGAAAUGAUUAUAAAAAUAUCUCCUUUGAUUUUAUGGGAACAAAAAAAUAUUCUUUACAAAAUGAAGUUAACUUAAACUCUUCUAUAAUCACCAUGAGUGAUAAAGAAGGCAUGAAAAAAAAAGAAAAAAAUAAUAAAGUUAUUAAUAUAUUAAAUAAUCAAAACAAAAGAAAUAUCUUUAUAAAAUUUGAACCAUUUAUAAUUCACGUAAAAUGUACCACUUUCUUAAGUGCAUUAAAAUUAUUAAAAAUUGCUCAAUAUGCAGGAUUAAAACAAAGUGGUAUUUUAAAUUUUAAUAAACAUGUAACUGUAGCGAUAAGAGGCUCCAUGAGAUUAGAACAUCUACUGGGAGAUAUUCAUCCUACAUUACAACAAACAAAUUUAAUGGAGAUAAUUCAUAUUUGUAAUAAUAAAUUAUCCAAAAAUUUAUCACAACUUGUCCAUUUUUAUAAAUGCUUUAAACAAUUUAAAGAGCAUGAGCACACCUAUCAAUUUGUUUCUAUCAAUAGGGAAAUGCUUUCCUCACUAGAAAAUAACUUAAGCAGUAAUACAAAACAAAAAAAAAAAUCAAACAAAAAAAAUACUCUACAUGUAAAAGAUAAUCUUCAAGAUAAUAAAAAAAUUGCUCAUCAUAUGAAAAAAAAAAAAAAAGAAAUAAAUCAUUUAUACCUUACUUGUUCAGGUAAAAAAAAUAUACCAAAUGGAAAUCGUUCCAUAGCUGAACAAGAUAAAACAGAGUGUAAAUUAAAAGAUGAAAUAAUAUAUGAAAAUACAGAAAAUCAUAUAAAUAUAAUAAAAAAGGAAAAAAAUAUAAUCGAUUUAAAUAAAUAUAAUAUCCAAUUAAAUGAAGAAGGUUAUAUAAUAAAUGAAAAUAAGAAUGACAAAUUCAUUGGAUGGAAAAUUUUAGGAAAUAAUAAUAUGAACGUUCAGAAUUUUUUUGUAUGGGGACAUGACAUGUUCAUGCAAGAAAAUAAAAUUUAUAUGUUUGGCGGAUUUUCCAAAGGUGUGCGAAAUAAUAAAUUAAAAAUAUAUGAUAUAAUAAAUAAGAAACAUUUCAUAUAUGACACUGAACUCCCAUCGUUAGUAUUUCAUAAUUUUGUGCAAUUGGAUGAUAAGUUUGCUUUUAUAUUUGGUGGAAGACAAAAUCCAAAAAAUUGUACCAAUAUGGUUUGGGUGUAUAAUAUUAAGGAGAAUUUCUGGAUAAAGGCAAGGCGCACUAGUACCCUUGUUCGAAAAAAUAAAAAUGUAUUAUUUUUAGAAAAAAUGGAAAAAAAUAUGGAAGUAAAAAUGGACCGUAUGAAAUAUCAUAUGGGAAAAAAAUAUAAUAAUGAUGAUAAUAAUAGUGACAAUAAUAAUGACAAUAAUAAUGACAAUAAUAAUAAUAAUUUUUUAUGUAAUGAUGAGAAUAUAUUUUAUUUUAAUAAUGAGGAGGAGCCGUGCCCUAGAUAUAGACAUGCGUCCGUAUUUGUGAGGAGAUAUAUAAAAAAAAGUAAGAGCAUAUAUAUAUUUUAUACAUAUGGUGGAGUUAAUGAAAAGAAUGAAAUUUUGAAUGAUAUAUGGGAAGGGAAAAUAAUAUUAAAUUUGGAGGAUAAAGGAAUAGCUCACAUUGAAUGGAAUAAAAAAAAUUGUUCACAAAAAACGGAGGCAUGUCGUAUUAAUAAUCAUUCAAUGAUUUAUAACAAGAAGAAAAAUUUCAUUUAUAUAGUUGGGGGUUAUCAAGACAAUGAUAAGGAUAAUUAUACACAAUAUAACGAAUAUAAUAAUAAUAAUAAUAAUAAUAAUAAGGAUAAUAGUGUUAAUAGUGAUGAUAUGAUUGGUAUGCCAAAUUUAAGUUCAACCGUGGUUUGUAAAAAAAUGGAAUAUUUGUACACAUAUGACAUAAAAAAAGAUAAUUUUUUUUAUACAAAAUGUCUAGGUGACGACAAUAUGGAACUAAAAGCAUAUCCAAGUGAUCGAUUUUCUCAUUCCACUUGUUUGAUUAAUCAUAAUUUUUUUAUGUUAGUAGGAGGGAUAAAUAUACAUAGAACAUUGAAUGAUGUAUGGUUGUUUCAUAUAAAAACGAAUAAGUGGAAUUAUUUAGGAACUUUCACAUUUCAAAAUAUGUAUGUUCGAUCAAAAGUUGUUAGUGAAAAUAAUUGUGUAUAUAUUAUAGGGGGUGGGUGUACUGUCUUUACAUUUGGUAGUUUUUUUGACGUGCCAAUAUGGAGUAAUUUUAGUGGAAUUAUGAAAAGUAUACAACAUAAAGAAUUAAAGAAUGUACUGAUUUUUUCUGAAGAUAGAGAAGUGAAGGAAGGACAAGCAACGUAUAAUAAUGAGAUAAAAAAAAAUUGUGGUAACAAUAAUGAUAAUAAUAAUAAUAAUAACAAUAAUAAUAAUAAUAAUAAUAAAUGUAGUAAUAAUUAUAAUAUUUUAGUAGACAAGGUGGCGAGAAAUGAGCAUUUGGAAAAAUAUAAUUUAUGCCAUAAUAUGUUAAUUGAACAUAAGGACGUUAUUAAAAAGGAAAUUUUGGUAUUUGAAAAAAAAAAAAAAAAAAAAAAAAAAAAAGAUGAAAAGGGGGAUGAUAUAAUGGAUGUGGAAAAAAAAAAUGAAUUACCUCAUAUUAUUGAUGAAGAAAAAAAGGGCACAGAUCGUGACGUUGAAAAAAGUUCGUUUUGCCUUGAUGAGAAGAGUAUAAAAAUAGGGUUGUAUAUAAUUAUUAAAAAUAAACAUUUUGUAAAGCAAAUUAAAGUAUAUUUAGAGAACAAAAAAAUGUUCGAUAAUUCGUUAAAAAUUUAUAAUCCCAAAGGGAAUCAAAAAAAUGAAGAAAAUGAAAAAAAUGAAGAAAAUGAAAAAAAUGAAGAAAAUGAAAAAAAUGAAGAAAAUGAAAAAAAUGAAGAAAAUGAAAAAAAUGAAGAUUAUAAUAAAAUUAUGGGGGAAGAGAAAAAAUUUUAUGUCCCUAUAAAAAAAAAAUUGGAUGAUGAUAUAUUAAAAAACGAUGAAUACUUUAAAACUGUCCUUUUGGAUAAGAUAGAAAGAUGUAAUGAUGGAAAUAUUUUGUAUUACGAAAAAGUGAUAUGUGAAAUAUAUAAUGGAAAAUACCAAGACAAUAUAAAAAGUCAAAAUAGUAAUACCUUUUUAAAAAAGAAAUUAAGAAUUUUAUUUCAUAAAUUUUUAAAUAAGAAAGUGAAAAAUUACCUGAACAGUUCAGAAAAAAAAAUGGUUUUGCAAGGAUAUAGAAAAUAUGAAAUUAUAGGGAACAUUUUGAUAUUUCAUUAUAAAUAUUUUGAAUGUAUAAUGAAAUUAUAUAAGGUAUAUGAGGGUAAAUUAAAAAAAUAUAAGAAGGAAAUAAAUGAAAUGAUAGAAAGAAGGAGGUUAUAUAGAGAUUAUUCAUAUAUUAUUAAAAAUAAGAAGAAACAUAAUAAAUUGGUAUCUUGUUUUUUAAUGAAUGAUAUAUAUGAAUAUAAAUAUUACGUUAAGGAAGUAAAGAAAUUUUGGUUAGCCAUUAAGGACAUAUUUAAUAAUAAGGACAUAUUUAAUAAUAAAGAGAUUAUCCUUAACACAAAUAUAUUAUCCUUAAAAAAAAAAAAGAAAGAAAAGAAGAAGAAGAAGAAGAACAACAACAACAACAAAUUUUAUGUUAAAGUCAAAUUUAAUAAAAAGGGAAUUACAAAUAAGAUAAACAUAUUAUUAUAUAGAAGAAGAAAAAACCUGUUUGAUGAGAAUUUUUGUAGGAAUAUAAUGAAGAGGAAUAAAAACUGUGAAAUCAUAAAAAAGAAAAGAAAGAUAAAAUGUGUUGCGUUGUAUGAAAAAGUCCAUGGAAAAUUAAGACAGAAUAAAAUACAUAUUGUUUGUGGAAAAAAUUUAAAAACAGUACAUAUAGAAAAUAAAAUUAAGUAUAAAUUGGAUUUAACAAAAUGUAUGUUUUCAUCAGGAAAUGGUACAGAAAAGGAAAGAAUGAAAAAUAUGUAUAUUGUAAGUAAUAAUGAUGAUAAUAUUAACAAUAAAGAUAAAAAUAAAAAUAAUAAUAAUAAUAAUAAUAAUAAUGAUAAUAAUAAUUUGUUAGAUGAAAAAAGGGAUAGGGUAAAAGAAAAUGUAGUGGAUUUAUUUUGUGGUGUUGGUUAUUUCACAUUACCUUUGUUAAAAUGUAUAGAAGCUCAGAACAAAAUUAAUAAUUAUUUUGCAUGUGAUAUUAAUCCCGAUUCGUUAAAAUUAUUAAGAGAAUCUAUAAAACUAAAUAAUAUUAACAAGAAAAACAUUUAUAUUAUAAAGCAGAAUUCUUUUAUGUUAUCAAAAAAUGUUCAGAUGGUAAGGAAGUGUCAUCGAAUAAUAUUAGGACUAUUACCACAUAGCCAGCCAGCUUGGAAAAAUGCUUUUUUUUUGUUAGAUAAUAAAUAUGGAGGUAUAUUACACAUUCAUGGUAUUGGGCAACAUAUUUUUGAUGAGCAGGUAUGCUUUUCAUCAAUCAAUACAUAUGACUAUAUUUUAAAAAAGAAAGAUGUAAAUAUAUCUUCUAUAAAUAAAUUGACAAAGUUGCAGAUGGUUGAAGAGUAUGUAAGUAAUGUUGAAGAUUCUAACUAUGUGGAAGAAAUCAAAAAAAAUAAAGAUCAUUUUCAUAAUAAAUAUAUUAAUCACUAUAAUUCAAAUUAUAACAAAAAAUUAUAUUUAGGAAAUAACAUCCCACAUAAUUUAUCAUUUGCCCAAUAUACAUUAAUUGAAAUAUUCAAAAUUGCAUUAUAUGACAAUCUUAAGAAUAAUAUAUUUUGGAAUAUAGCCAUAAGUCAUGUGGAACGGGUUAAAUCAUAUGCACCUCGAAUGUAUCACUAUGUCGUGGACAUCAAAUGUGAUCCCCUUAUAUUUUAG